ACGCGGACGCAUGUUGGAACCACGUUCUUGUUAUUUCUGUACUGUCGGGGCGAAAUAGGUUUUUCGUUUUGAAUUGUUCUUCGGAAUAUAAAUGAUUGCGGAUGUGGGGUGAGAUCGAUAUGGAAAUGGUGUACUAGCGGAGAUCGUGAGCCUCAGAAGCCAGGGAGGCCCUAAGCAUGAGCCUUUGGGAUUCAAAACUCACCCAAACCACAACGGUCGUAAUUUUAUUCAUUUCAGGACUGGUCCUUACAGCGUCAGGGCAAACAUGUGGAACCCUCUGCUCACCACCUGACGUAUCAGGCGCUGGAACGGUAACCUUUUCCCCCAACCAAACAUGCUAUGAUGAAGGUUCAUCCGUGAAGGUCACUUGUAGUGGAUACCUAUUCGGAGUAACAGAAAUUGGAGAGUGCUUUGACGGAUACUGGGAAACACCGCAGCAACCGACAUGCGAAGAAUCUAAUUGCCCUGUGCCCACAGCUCCCCAGAAAGGCUCACAUAGCCCAACGGAUAGUAACAACUUGUACGAUGAGAUUGAGUACUCUUGUGACGGAGGUCUCUUCCUUGAUGGACCCAGCAUGGCAGUUUGUACUGGGACAGGGCAGUGGUCUCCAAAUACUAUACCAUCAUGCUCUGGGAACUGCACGAUUCCUAUAAUUACGAACGGAGAAUGUACAUCAUCUGACGGCAUACUUAAGGAAGGGAGUCAAUUGACUAUCACGUGUGCGGAAGGCUAUUCUCUGAUUGGUGUAGCCAAUGUCACGUGCCACAAUGAGGAAUGGAAUCCGGAAGUUGGGGAGUGUUUAGCGAAUUGCCCCUCUCCGGGCGUUGAGAAUUCGGACUUUGCAACUAAUCAGGAGGAGACCAACCAUGGUGAUUACAUCAUUCUCACUUGCGACGAGGGUUUUACUUCCGGUUCGGGGGAAAACUUGUCAGAACCUUUGACCUGUGUUGAUGGUACUUGGGAUAAAGAUUUAUACUGUUUUGAAAAUUGCCCCAAAAUAUCACCACCAGACGGAGGAAAUAUGUAUCCAGGUUCCGCAUCAUUUUACCACUCUAACUCGGUCUACUUCAACUGCAGCGAGAACUAUCUUUUUGUAGGCCAAUCUAAUCUUACUUGCGAUAACGGCACUUGGUCCGAUUCUGUACCAGACUGCAAGGUUCCAGGUCCUGACGCUCUAAUGAUUACUGUUAUCACCUGCACGGUAGCCGUAAUUCUUCUUGUUGUCUGUGUGAUCAUGGUUCUGAUUUACAAAAGGUCUCGACAGAAAAGGGCUAACAAUUCCUCCUCACCUGCAGAUGCCUUCACAACUUUUAGAAGAUCCACGGACACCUUACCCACUAGCCCCCCGGAAAACUUUGCGAACCAACAAGAUGAUCAUGAUUUUGCCAUAGGAACACCUACCCCUGGCGGUACAGUGUUUUAUGAGAAUCCAGAUUCUAUUCAGCCGUCUAUUUAUCAAACUAUUAAUAACGAAGUCGUUGAAGGGGGAUAUGAACUGAUGAUAUACAGAGGGAUCCUAGGGGUUCUCUUUGAUAACUGAGAAGAAAAUAAAUUUAUUGUAGACUAAGUCACAGUAGCAUGCUUAUGGGGGGAGAGGGCUUGGGACGCUUCCCCACCAAAAGAAAGUAUCGAUUUCACGACCAAGAAAAAAAAAGAAAAAAGGGGAAAAUAGGAAAGCGAGAAAUGUGAUAUUUUCUGAAUAUUAUGUCAAAAUCUAUCACAAAAUUAGAUAUUUGUAAUAAAAGUGUUGAAAUUUGUGCUUGCUCGCUCGUAACUUUUUAACAAAUUUUGCCCGAUGCGGCAUAUCGAGCCUCUCAAUUUUUUGGGCGCAUUACGCCACUGCUAAGUCACCAACAUGUAGGAGUAUAAAUUGCCCGUAAGGUAGAUUUGAAGAGUGUGUCAUAAACCUAUUCGAAAGUUACGUUAGUUGGGAAUUACUUGAAACUUGACUUGAUAUCUUUUCUUGAGCUAAAUGAUAAGUGCCUAGGUUUGUGACGUAGCACCUAAGAAUAUGUUUAAGUCGUGUAUAACGUCGUGCCUAACGAGCAGAUUUCGCCAAAUGAUGUUCACGUAGUUUACAACAUUUACCAGAGAAGAUAAAUGAGCUAAUUGCCGAUUUGCAUUUUCUGUUGUUUCUUUAAUGCUCUAUAAUUCGGCUUAAUGAAUGGCGUUAGAUAGGGUGUAGUUUCCCAGCAUAGCUCUGCAACUUUAAUAAUUGUUUGUUACUUUUUU